AUGCUAGGAGUGCUGGCAGGAAAUACAAGAUCACCUUCGUCACCAUUUGAGGGUAAUCAAGAUACUCUUCCGGCAUCGACUGGUAUUGAACCAAGCUUCCACCCAAUGCCAUCAAACCCUUCGAACCCACAGAAUCCAAUUCAAACGCCACGCUAUGCAUACAAAUUAACAAAUACAGCAUCCUCUUCCUCCUAA